CUGUUCAUCUUGAAAAGAAACAAAGAUAAACCCUAGAGAUUCUACCAAACAGACAAACCCUAGAGCUCAUCAGUCGCACCCAGCCGUCUACCUUCAGUCCAGACCCACCCACCGGCAGUCCGGCACCGCCGCUUCUUCUUCUUCUUCAUUCUUCUCCGCCCCAUUCUCUCUGGACUCUCCACUCUCUCCGUCUGAUUCGACCUUGGGGAGGCAGGGGAACAAAUUCGGUCCCUAUUCUUCUCAUUCUUCGUCAAAAUCGGCCUUGGGGAACAGAUUUGGUCUUGUUCUUCGACAGAGAUAGCCGGAGAACUAGUGGGACAAGGCAGUGAAGUCUUAAAGCGUUGGUUUCCAGCCGGUAGAGGUACAUCGGAGUGAAGCGAAGGAGACUAAUUUUUACCUGAUCUGUUCUUGGCCGAUUCUGUAAAUGGUUGUUGAAAAGAAAGGAUUGGCUCUGCUAAAGGAGAAUAAAAUGGAAGAUAAUGUUGAAAUGGAUAUCAAUCAAGAGAUGUCGGAAUAUGAACCUGAAUCUGAGUCGGACGAAGAAGAUGAUGAACAUGUGAAAUUGAUAGAACCAUCGAAGACUGCAGUUUACAACACGGAUGGCCUCCUUGAUAAACUCGGUGAUAUUAGCUGGCCAGACAAUGUGGGAUGGAUACACAAGCUCUCCAUUGAUAUUGAUCAAGAGCAACAAGUGGAUGUGAAUGAUGACCUAGCCAGGGAGCUUGCUUUCUUUAAUCAAGCUCUUGAGGGAACCAAACGAGCAUUCGAGAAGCUUCAGUCAAUGGGGCUUCCUUUUCUGAGGCCUUCCGACUAUUAUGCAGAGAUGGUGAAGACAGAUUCACACAUGGAGAAAGUUAAGGGCAGGCUUCUGGCGGAGAAGAGGAAUAUUGAGGAGGCUGAGGAGAGAAGGAAAGCUAGGGAGUCUAAGAGGUUGGCUAAAGAGAUUCAAGCCCAGAAGCUGAAAGAGAGGGCCAAGCAGAAAAAGGAAGACAUAGAAUCUGUUAAGAAGUGGAGGAAGCAGAGGCAGAAGAGUGGGUUUGCUGGGGGCGACAAGGAUGGCGAGAUGGACUUUUCCUUCGAGGAUGGAAAGGGGUUCGAGAGGUCGAGUAAGAAGAGGCCGGGUGUGGCUCCUGGAGAUCGGUCCGGAGGGAAAGCAAGGCAAGGCGGGAAGGGGAAGAUACAAAAGAAGAGGCAAUUCAGGGAUUCCAAGUUUGGAUUUGGAGGGAGGAAGGGUUUGAAGAAGCAGAACACAACUGAGACUGCCAAUGAUUUCAGAGACUUCAAAAGAGGCAAUGCAAAAGGAAAUAAAAAAAGGAAGAUGUGAGAAAAACCUUCCCCUGGUUUGUUUCUAGAGGUGUGGCAGUUUGUUUUCUUUGAUACAAGUUUUCCCUAGAAGGGCUUUGUAUCAUAGAGCAAAAGGGAUUUGUCUUUUUGGUCUAAAAUGGUUUUGUUACUGUUUUAAAACUGGUUUUGUUUCUUUCUGUUGUUAGUCUUUUGUAAUCAUAAGAUUCAUGGUUUUAAUCCA